UGUCUCCGUUGCAAUUUUUCCCGCAGCAAACAAGUGUUGAAGUCUGUGGCACCGCGGCGGGACUUAUUUGCAGAUAAAAUGCCCAAACGAGCUUGUCCUUUUCCGGAAACGUUCUCCUCUCAAUACAAAAUCCAUGUCGGACAACAGGAGCUGAAUAACUAUGGCGUGUUUGGGAACAAAUACAGGCAAGAAAUAUACGCAAAGACGAAGAACUUGCUCUUCAGCGGUGCUAAGGCUGUGAUGGGCAAACUAUGGACUGGAGAGGCGAGGUGUGAUGCCGGACAGGCAGACACUCCUGCAUGCAGCCAGUCCCUGCUGAGAGGACAGACACUGAUUGGAUGUGAUGGGAGGCUGACGAGAGCAGAACCUGGACAAGGUCCAUCAGUGGCUCUUACAUGCUGCUGUGUGUGUCAGAAAAGCCAGGGGUCCAGGACUGCAUGCUCUCAAUGUGACCGCCCAGCCUGCCCCUCCUGCACACGACAGUGCUCCUGCUGCUCCAGCUUCUGCUGCUCUGUCUGCACCAUCAUAGAUUACAGCGGGCAAUACGAUGAAGUACUGUGCUGCAGUUGCUCGACGUAAAGCAAGACUGACGGGUCAGGAGUUUAUUAUUGAACACAUGGAGUUGCCUCAGAUGAUCGUUCUAUGACUGCAUUUUAUACCUGUGAUCUUUUUUUUUUUUUUUUUUUUUUUUUUAAUGUAAUCCAAAUAUUUUCUUGUAUAUAUGUAUUGUAUUCCUUAAGUAAUUGAAAUAAACUUGAACACUUUUGUA